AUGGGGUAUAACAGGCUCACUGGAAAGAUUCCACAAGAAUUGACAAGAAUGAACUUUCUGGCCUUCUUAAACCUCUCUCAAAAUCAUCUCAACGGAGCAAUUCCUCAAGGUAGACAAUUCAACACAUUUGAAAAUGACUCAUAUGGUGGCAACCUUGAUUUAUGUGGUGUUCCUUUAACAAAGAAAUGUGGAACGAGUGAUUCAUCGCAUGUUCCUCAACAAUUGGAGUCUGAAGAAGAAGGCAAGUCAUAUUUUUUUAGUGGAUUUACUUGGGAAUCAGUAGUCAUAGGCUACAUCUCUGGACUAGUUGUUGGAACUGUCAUGUGGAGUCUCAUGUUUAAAUAUCGUAAGCCAAAAUGGUUUGUGGAAUUUUUUGAUGGACUCAUGCCUCACAAAAGAAGAAGGCCAAAGAAGAGAGCUCAGAGACGAAGGACUUAA